AUGAAAAAAGAGAUAGUAUUAAUAGUAGUAUUUUUAAUGAUCGGUACAUUCGCGUUGGCAUGUCAAUGUGAAUCUGACGUCCCUCCACAAGAGCCUCUUGCUCAAUUCGAACCUUUCUUCAAAGUAGGUGAUUUCUUGGCUGGUGAUUUCUUAUCUGGUAUUGUAUCUGGUAUCACUGAUCAAAUAGUAGAAAAUACACCAAUUGAUACAUGUUUUAAUGAAUUUGGUUUGAAUGCGUCAUUUACUGAACAACUUGGUAGAGGAUUACAACUGAUUGAAAGUGGAUUGGCUAAUAAACAAAUCAAAGAUAUUGAGAGUGGUCUCUAUCAAUUUGUAACCAGUAUAAAUUCUAUCAAGGCUCCCCUUAGUGCAUGCAAUCAAACCACUGUAUUCACCGUUAUCGACAGUCUCUCUCAAUUCCACGGUCAAGAUUGGAGCAAUGUAUUUAAUAUUAUCACCAAGAAAUGUGACAUUGAAAUAGUCUAUACCAAUUUCCACUAUCAACAUGAAAUCACUAGAUGGUUUGAUAAUGCAAUCUCUGCCUGGAAUGGACGUUCAUUCAAUUUGUCUGGUUUCUAUAUUGGUAGAAUUGUUGAUCUAGCUUACACUAACAGUUUAAUGAAAUAA